AUGAAAACACAUCUUAAUUACUAAGACCUUGAGAAUCUUUAAAUAUCCCAAAAACAAAAUUGGGGUCCUGAUCCAAAUUACAAAUUUCCCAGAUUCGAGAACAUGGCAUUUGCUCCUUUUAGCAGAUUAGAGAAGUUAGGAAAAUGUUGUGAUUUUGCGAAUAUGAUGGCAGUCAGAACAGGCCAAAAGCAAAUCCAAAGUAGUAAUAUGCCUUAAUUAUAAUAGCAAUAAAACAACUAAUAAUAAUAAUAAUAAGUACCUCUUCCAGAAAUUCCUUAAGAAGAAGAAUAAUAUAGUAACUCUUAUGUAAAACAACCUUCUAGAUAAAGAUAAAAAAUAAAUCCUAAUAAAACAAAAAUAGUUGUAAUUAGAACCAAAUUCAAAGAUUCUUCAAAUAUAUAAGCAAACUGGGUACUUUUAACUGAAAGUUAAAAAAUUAAUAUUGAAUAACAUCCAAUUAAAGAAGUAAAAUUCACAGAACUUGAAUGCACUGGUACUUUAAAAAAAUAUAAUAGAUCUUAUGAUAAAAUUGAUCCUCGAUAUAUCAAAAAAGUCGAAUGUAAUUAAACUGUAAUCCUUCCUUCUGCUUCUUCUUUAAAAGACCCAGUCCUUAUUAGAUUAUUAGAAGAAGAUUUAGAAAAUAAAAUAUAAAAACCUACAGUUUACACUACCGAUGCUUUAUUAUUGGCUUUAAUGACUUUAAAAAAAGGAGAAUUUCCUUGGGAUAUAUAUGUAUAAAAAGAUGGAAACUAGAUUAUAUUAGACAAAUAUGAAGCUGAUAAAUAUGAAGGAAAUAAUAAACUAUUUGAUUAUAUGGAAUAUUAAACAGUAAACGAAAAUGGAAAUAUUCUUCCUGAAGAAGAGAGAGAAUUAAAUAAGCUAUGUAUAGAAGCGACCACAGUAACUCGUUAAUUCUAAUAUUAAACAACUUAAGGAGAAACUGAAUUAUGGGAAAUAUCUGAAGGAAAAGAAAAUUAAGUCGAAAAUAUGGAAAAUGAAAAUGUCGCAUUUAAAUAUAUAAACUGUAAUAUAGAUGAUAAAAUAGACAUUAAAGUAAGAGUUUAAAUUGAUGCUUUUGAUUAUGUAAAAGAAUAUGACCCUGAAAAUAAUGAUGUUGUGAGUGAAUAAAAAGUACCUAUUCUUAUCAGAACUAUUAAUGAAUAUGAUCAUUCUAAUUAAUGGAAGAAUAAACUUUUAACUUAAAAAGGUACAGUUACAGGUGGUGAAUAUAUUAAUAAUUGUUGCAAUUAUAUUAAAUGGCUUAUUCAAAUGGAAAUGACAGGAGCUAAAAUGCUUAAAUUGGGUUUUACUUCUAGAGUUAGUUCUAAAGAUAAUACUACUCAUGAUAUUUUAUGUGUUGAUUCUUUUACUUUUGAAGAUUUGUUUAAAAAUAUUUAAUUCAGAUCACUUGAUUAAUGGUAAGUUGUAAAGUACUUCAUUGAUUUUAUAUGUAAAUAACCUGAUGGAAAUUAUAUGUUUGUUAAAGGAGCUUUUAAAUAAUCGAUUAGAACAUAUGAGUUACCUUAAGAAGAUGUAUAGGAAGAAUAAGAAAACGAUGAAGAAAUUAAUUUAUGA